AUGUUGACAAUAAGUCAAGUUCUUAUAGCUGCGGCUGUAUUUCUUCUAAUUACACAGUUUUUAAAGUUGCAGCAAGUACGGAGAUGGCUUCCUCCUGGACCAAUUCCUCUCCCAAUUUUUGGGACCUUGAUACAGCUGAACUUUCAGUUUAAUCGUGAUCUCCUCAUGAAGCUGGCAAAAAUUCAUGGCAACAUAUUCACCUUAUGGUUUGGAUGGGCCCCAGUGGUUGUACUGAAUGGAUUUCAAGCAGUGAAGGAUGGUAUGACCAUGCACCCUGAAGAUGUUUCUGGGAGGCUGGUGUCUCCUUUCUUCAGGGCAAUGGCCAAAGGAAAAGGGAUAAUGUUGGCAACUGGUCACACCUGGAAGCAGCAGAGAAGGUUUGCACUCAGGACUCUACGCAACCUCGGCCUGGGGAAAAGAGGUCUGGAGCACCGAGUUCAAGAGGAAGCCCACUACCUGGUAGACUUCUUUGCAAGUAUGAAAGGGAAAGCUCUGGAUCCUUCGUUCUCUCUUGUUCAUUCUGUCUCAAAUGUAAUUUGUGCUGUCGUGUUUGGACAUCGUUUCUCCAGAGAGGAUGAGACCUUUCAUGAACUGAUUAGAGCCACAGAGGAACUGUUCAAAUUUGGGGGCAGCUUUAUUUAUCAUCUGUACGAAAUCUUCCCCUGGUUGAUGUGUCGUCUCCCUGGGCCCCAUAAGAAGGCCUUGGCUUGCUAUGAUGUCCUGAGCUCCUUUACACGGAGAGAGAUCAGAAUGCACACGGAGCGUGGGAUACCAGAUGAACUGCAGGAUUUCAUUGACUUUUACCUGGAUCACAUUGAAAAAUCCAAAGAUGAACCCAGGUCUACAUACAAUGAAGACAACAUGGUUUAUUCUAUAAAUGACCUUUUCCUGGGUGGAUCAGAGACAACAAGCACUACUUUGAACUGGGGUCUGCUCUAUAUGGUGGCAUAUCCAGACAUUCAAGAAAAAGUUCAGAAGGAGUUGGAUGCUGUUCUAGGUCCUUCCAAGUUAAUCUGCUAUGAGGAUCGGAGAGAACUGCCCUACACAAACGCUGUGGUUCAUGAGAUCCAACGCUUCAGCAACAUUAUCUCAGUUGGCAUGCCCAGGGUGUGUGUGAGGAACACAACGUUGCUUGGCUUUCCCCUCAGAAAGGGCACCAUAGUUCUUCCAAAUAUUGCUUCAUCUUUGUAUGACCCAGAGCAGUGGGAAACACCUCGACAGUUCAACCCUGGUCACUUCUUAGAUAAGGAUGGAAACUUUGUGAGCCAAGAAGCCUUUUUACCAUUCUCAAUAGGGCACCGUGUGUGUUUGGGGGAGCACCUAGCGAGGACCGAGCUCUUUAUUUUCUUUGCCAACCUGCUGCGGGCUUUCACCUUCCAGCUCCCCGAGGGAGUGACAGAGAUCAACACAGAGCCCAUUUUGGGGGGUACCCUGCAGCCCCACCCAUACAGGGUUUGUGCCAUUCCACGCUAG